AUAGAUAACACUGUAGAUUAAGAAGACAAGAUUUGUAGCCAAGCAAACCUUUAUAUAUAUAUAUAUAUGUGGAACCGGAGAGAGAGAGAGAGAGAGAGAGAUCACCUAAAUACCAGUAUUAAUGGGUGCAAGGGGAGAGGAUGAGAUGGAGGAAGAGAGCAAGAUGCACUUCAUCCUUGUUCAUGGGAUUGGUCAUGGGGCAUGGUGCUGGUACAAGCUUGCCACUUUGCUAACUUCAGCUGGCCACAGGGUAACUGCGUUUGAUCUUGCUGCCAGUGGGGUGCACCCCAAGAACCUUCAUGAGCUCCGGUCGUUCACCGAUUACUGCGAGCCAUUGAUGGAGACAAUGGCCUCAAUCCCACCAGAUGAUAGGGUGAUCCUCGUCGGCCAUAGCUUCGGUGGAAUUUGCAUUGCUCUUGCCAUGGAAAAAUUCCCAGCGAAGGUCUCUGUCGCCGUCUUUGCCACCGGAGUGAUGCCAAGCACCACCACUCCUGUGUCCGAUAUUGUAAAAGAGUUCUACAGGAGGCAUCCACUUGAGGCAUACAUGGAUUCCAAAGUCAUGAUCAGCACAGACCCCAAGAAUAGUUCAAGUUUUCUUCAUUUUGGUCCCAAAUAUAUGUUGUCCAAGAUGUAUCAGCUCACUGCACCUGAGGAUUUCAUGCUAGCAACUAUGUUAGUAAGACCAGGUAGUCUGUUCCUCGAUCAUAUAACAAAAGAAGCCAUGAUCACAGAAGAGAAUUUUGGGUCUUUGAGUCGAGUGUACAUCGUGUGCAAGGAGGAUAAAUCCAUGAUAGAGGAUUUCCAACGUUGGAUGAUCGAACGUAGCCCAGGGACAGAGGUGAAGGAGAUCGAAGGUGCCGAUCAUAUGGUCAUGCUUUCAAAGACCAAAGAGCUGUACAGUCUCCUCCUAGACAUUGCUAAAGAGCAUCAUUGAAACAUUGUUGUGAUUAGAAGUAAAGUGUGAUUCUAUGUUAGCUGCUAUACAGGUUAGUGACAUCCACCAAAAGAAAAAAGAAAUGCAAUUCCACACAGAGCCUCUUAGACCUGUGUGUAAGAGAAAGAGGCUAUUGACCGGUCCUUUAAUUCAUGAUUCUCUCAUGUACCACAUCAUUAUGUGCCGUGUAUCAUGGAGACGGAUCGGAAAUUUUUUUUUAAAAAAAAACUGGCCAAGUGAACCAAAUAUUAAAGUGGAAAAGAAAAGGAAGGACUUUUUGUUAGAGUCCGGUUACUAAAGGACCGGUGAAUAAGUUCUCCAAAAAGAAGUCCAGAAUAGCAACAAAGAACACUUUGUGGUUUGCCUCUA